GUCCAUCAAGCGUGAUUCGUUGUAAUUCAAUACAGUCCAAACUUUACUUCGUAAUGAUAUAAUGUCAACGUAAAGACGUUACGAUUGAGAUUCUAUGCGUUCCAAAUAUAAAAUUUCAUAAAUCUAGAUCAUUUCACUGGUAUGAAUUUAACGUUCAAUGACCGCGUUCCUGAAAAUUUUAAAUAAAAGAGCGGGAAAUCCGAAAAAUAGUAUAGAGUAAUCAAACUAUUGCGCUGCAUGUAUUACGUCGGGUAAAAUAAAAAGAAAAAAAUCCAAGAUUUUCGCAAUUGGAAUUCUGUGAUGUGUGGUAUCCGAUAGGUUGCUCGAUUCAGUGAAGAAAUAAUAAGAGUGAAGAAAACAGAUUGAUGAGAGCUUUUUACAAUAUUCUUAUAUAACAACAUGAUUUUAAAUGUAAUGAUAAUAAAAUAGGUAAUAAAUAACAAAACGGAUUGGAGACGAUUGAUCUAUGAUUCUAAUCGAUGAUCGCACGAAAUCUAACGUAAAAAGAAUUACUAAUAUUAAUGAUCUACAGUAAAAAGUUAUAAACAAAUGUUAUGAAUAAUUCACAUAAUAAUGAACUAAUCUUUUCGAGUGAAAAUGAAGUGUUUCAGGAUUUUCUUCAAGCAUACUUGGCAUCCGCAACAGAUGAUGACAAUGUCGUCAUCUAAAACUGGGUGGGAUUACCCAUACUUUGACCCGACUGAAAUAAUGACCUCGGUCUAUCAACCAGCAUCAAUUCCAGAAGAAGAAUUUCUUCCUCGAAAAAAACAAAUACCAGAUACCCACAUAAACAACAAUAAUUCGUCGAUAUUUGAAGAAAUGAAAACGAAUGUUCGAAGUACCAAUGUAAUGGAAUUGAAUGAAGUGGAUGUGAUCGCACCGAAGAAGAAUGUCGCAACGUUGACUGUUGUGCAAGCAGGAAGUAUACCAUGUCAAAAUAGUGGUUGCAGAAACUGGGGAACUCGUGGUGUACCUGAAAGUCCCUGGCAUAUACUUAAAACGAUAUUUCUUGUUUCUAUUAUUGUUACAUUAAUUAUAUGGGUAGUGAUUUAUGCACUGCUAGCACAAUAUCAUAUAUUCUGAUGACAGCGUAUCUUCAAUGCAUAAAGGAACAGAAUAAUUAAACCGUGCAUGGAAGAAAUCAAAAUCGAAUUAUGCUCUUUGUACGGAAAAGUACUUACUUUAUACAGUCCAAAAUAAAUCAAUCAGAUGUAUGUUUAGACUGUAUAUGUCGAUAAUUAGAAAUAAUUAUUUUAUGUACUUAUGUACUCACAUCAGAGUUAUGUAAUCACAUAACUUAUUUAAUGUAGUUAGAUUUUAAUAUAAUACUCACCAAUGAUUUUGAAAUAUUAACUUUUUAUAAUUAUUGCUAUAAACAAAAGUAUAUCUUUGAUAUAUAGAAAUAAUAAAUAUGUUUUAUACCGGGUUAAAUGGUAACGUAUUAAAAAAGAAAAUAUUUUUCAGAAAUAUCUUUUUUAAUAGAAAUCUAUUUUAAUAGAUUUCUCUCAUGUGCUAUAGGAGAUUCCGUAAAAUUAUACAUUUGUAUUACUGUAUAUUUUACAUAUAUGUACUACACAAAAAAUAAUUAAUGUAAUUAGUUCUUGAAAGAAAAUAUAAAAUUUUUAUAAAAAUUUUCUGCAUAUCUGGUGAUAAUAAUUAAAGCAUAAAGGUAACACUUAAACUACAAAAUUGUAUUCUUCAGCUAAUACAGAUGUUGUGUGUCUCUGUGUAUAGAUAUAUGUGAAUGUGUGUCUAUAUAUAUGUAUAUAUGUAUACAUAUAUAUAUGCAUGCUUAAAAAAAUUGUUUCUAAAAAAAAAAUGUACUAGAGUUUGAUGUCACAGCGUCAUAAAUAAAAGUGUUAUGAAGAGGUUUA